UAUACACCGACAAACCAUCGCAUUCUUCCACGGCAUACGCGCCACCCCCACCACCCCCCUCUUCGCGCCAUCCCCCCCUUCAUCGGCGUGCCAUGACGACGACGCGCCUUUGCGCCGCCCUGACCACGUUCCUGCCACUACUACUACUCUCCUCCGCCGCGGUGUCCCUGGCCAAUGCCGCCGGCAGGGAGAGCGAGGAUGGCCGCGGCCAGCAAGCGGCCACGACCGCGAGCGUGUACGUGGUGAUGGUGAAGGCUCCUGCCCAGGGCGUCGACUCCGAGGCGUACCACAUGCGCAUCCUCGCCACCGCGCUCGGCAGCGAGGAGAAAGCCAAGCGGGCGCUGAUCUACAGCUACAAGGCCGCCGCUAGCGGGUUCGCCGCCAAGCUCACGCCGGCGCAGGUCGCCGCGUUGCAGAAGCAUCCUGACGUUGUGCAGGCGCUGCCUGACGUGAAGUACACCCUUGAGGACAGGAACCACCUCAACUGAACCGAGUGCGGCUUUCACCAACACGAUACAUAGCUCGGCACUAGUGCCAUCUCAUGUUAGCAAGUGUGCAUGUGCCCACACCCUAGGGUCAGAAUUUAUAUAAGCAUGCUAUGUGUGGGCUAGUGAUGGUAAUUUAGUCUCUUCAUAAAGAUUGAAUGCUGUACCCGGAGCGUACGUACAUAUUACUACCCAGCCUGCUGUUCAUUGUUUGAUAUCACCGUGGAUCCACGAGACUGCUGCACCUGAUGAGAGGCUAGAGCUAGAAGAUGGAUUUCAGAACAUGCGUGUGCCCAACCAAUUGCACAUUUCAGGCUUUCAAACGUGCUGUUCAUCUGUCCUUCUGUUUCCCUUUUUUUUUUCAAGAAACGAGAGAACAUUGUACCUUGAGCAAUAUGUAUUUGAGCACGAAUUUACCCUGCGACUGCAAUAGAUGCGUACAGUUCUUAUA